AUGGUGAGUGCUUCACGAGGUCGACAGAGUGUCCGAAACGCUCUGGUUUUGCGCUACGUGGUCACAGUCGGUCAUCCCACACUGCUUGACGUUGGCCGGCGUAUCUUCUUCCAAACUGGGGUGAACAUGGGUGUUUCCAAUUUUUUUGACUUCGGCUCCUGGAUGUCUCUCCAACUUCAGAAGCGGCUGGCGGCGUCCAUCCUCAAGUGCGGCCAACGCCGCAUUUGGAUGGACCCGAACGAGACGAGCGACAUUUCGAUGGCUAACUCCCGCUUCAGCAUCCGUAAACUGGUGAAGGACAACCUGAUCAUCCGCAAGGCCGUCGCCGUUCACUCUCGCUACCGCGUGCGCCAGUACCAUGAGGCUAAGAGACUGGGUCGACACAUGGGCAAGGGAAAAAGAAAGGGAACGCGCGAGGCAAGGCUCCCGGCCAAGGUUCUCUGGAUGAGGCGUCAGCGUGUCCUCCGACGUCUCCUCAAGAAGUACAGAGACAACAAAAAGAUCGACAAGCACAUGUACCAUAGCAUGUACAUGCGUUGCAAGGGUAACCAGUUUAAGAACAAGCGCGUGCUGAUCGAGGCCAUCCACAACGAGAAGAAUCUGAAAUUGAAGGAGAAGGCUCUCCAGGAGCAGCUCGAGGCUCGCAAGUCGAAGGCUGCCGCCGUCAAGGAGAAGAGAAGGAUGAAGGAGAUGAAGAAGGACGCCACCCUCUCUGCGUCUGCGUAA